AUGGUUUGGGCUAUGGAAAAUCCAAGAUUCCCAACUGACAGAGCUCGUCGAGUUCUACUUUCGAACUCUCUGGAACAGCUGAAGCACCUUCCUGGACAAAUAUCGGCUGGAUUUACUAACCAUAUGGUUCUUCAAAUAAAUGAAAUUAAAUUUAAAGAACAAAUUUAUAUCGAUGAAAAUUGUGUCUUAUCAGCUGAUGUUUAUAAUACAAUGAUUAAUGAUAUUAGUUUACGUGACAUCAAUGAACAACAACAGAAAAAAAAUCAAAUCAAUUUCGAGAAAACAAUUGUUCAAGAUGAUGAUAAUUCAUGUCGGCCAACAUUUAAUGAUAUUAUAAAGUUACAUGAUGGUAAAAUAUCAUUUUUCGAUGAAUUAGAAGAUGAUGAAUACAAUGAAAAUAUGGUCAACCAACAAAUAGAAAAUGAUAUUAAUGAUGAAAAUCCAAUUAUUGAACCUAAUGAUAAUUAUUCAGGUGUUAUUCCUAGUCAAAAUGUAUCUGAACCUAUUAGUAAUAAUGAUCUUACAAUGUCUAAAAGAUAUAUUAUAACAAGUCUAACGACUCUUUCAAAUAGAAUUACUUCAUUGGAAAGAAACUUUAACGAACGAUUAAAUAAUGUCAAUAAACAAUUAAAUCGAUUAGAAAAUAAUGUCAAUAAAAGAUUGAGUAACAUGGACAAUACUAUAAAUCUAAUAUAUGAAAGACAAGCAGUACAAUAUUUAUUAAGAUCACUAUCUACUGAUUAUUUAAUUACAUGUGAACACUUGGAAACUCAAACAUUUUCGGCAAAUGAAUCUCAUUUGGCAUUAAAAUUUUUUCGUUUUGUAUCGAAACAAUUAAUUAAAUAUUAUUCAGAUCGAUGGUCAUUCUAUAAUAAUAUUAUUAAAAAAUUAAGUUUAAAACCAAAAUGUAUUGAAAUUAAUUUGUUAAGUUUUGGUAGAUUACAAAAAUAUCUAGAUAAACGUAAGAAAAUACAUUUUAUUGAAUCAUCAACAUCAUUACAUGUUAUUAAUAAAACAAAUAACAGAUCAUCGCGCAACAUCGCCUAUUUAUUUUGA